AUGGGUUUACCUGCGCAGUUUAUUCUCUGGAUCAGGGUUUGUAUCUCUACAGCUGAUUUCUCGAUGUCUAUCAAUUACAGUUUGGAAGGCUUCUUCGCGAGUGCGAGAGGUAUCCGUCAAGAUUGCUCGCUUUCGCCUUACUUAUACGUCAUAUUGAACAAUGUUAUGUCGAAGAUGUUAAAUAGAGCAGCAGAAGCACAUCAGUUUGAUUAUCAUCUUCGGUGUCGAGAAGUGAAGCUUACUCAUUUUAGCUUUGCAGAAGACAUACUAGUAUUCAAUGAUGGCACCAGCAGAUCGCUACGUGGGGUUUCGAAAGACAUGGAUCAGUUUGCUAGCUUGUAUCUCUAG